AGUAACCUAAAAUAAAAGUAAAAGUACCUUAAAAUUGUCUCCAUCAUUUGUACUCUGAAUAAAAGCAGAAACAACUUGCUAAUCCCAACUCAUGACCACCAUGUUUCUUCCCUGACAGGCUUGAAUCCACCUACGAACCCCAUGGAGCAGGAUGUGGAGAGCCCGGCCAUCAUCAGACCGCCCAAGUUGCCGAAGCAGGCCCGCGAGGACCUGCCGAAACAACUGGCGAAAGUGGACCGAAAGAAGAAGAUCCAGCGGUACGUCCAGAAAGACGGGAAGUGCAACGUCCAUCACGGGAACGUUCGGGAGAGGUACCGCUACCUGACGGACAUUUUCACCACACUGGUGGAUCUGAAGUGGAGGUUCAACCUCUUCAUCUUCGUGCUGGUGUACACAGUGACGUGGCUCUUCUUCGGCUUCAUGUGGUGGCUUAUCGCGUACCUUCGCGGCGAUCUGGACCACAUAGCGGACGGUCAGUGGACUCCGUGCGUCAAUAACCUCAACGGGUUCGUAUCGGCCUUUCUGUUCUCCAUCGAGACUGAGACCACCAUCGGUUACGGAUACCGAGUCAUCACGGACAAAUGCCCCGAGGGGAUACUUCUGCUUCUAAUUCAGUCGGUGCUGGGAUCCAUCGUGAACGCCUUCAUGGUGGGUUGCAUGUUCGUUAAGAUCUCGCAGCCCAAGAAGCGAGCUGAGACACUAGUGUUUUCCACCAACGCGGUCAUCUCCAUGAGAGACGGGCGGCUGUGCCUGAUGUUCAGAGUCGGAGACCUCAGAAACUCGCACAUCGUGGAGGCGUCGAUCAGGGCCAAGCUCAUCAAGUCUAAGCAGACCAAGGAAGGGGAGUUCAUCCCUUUGAACCAGACAGACAUAAAUGUGGGUUACAACACGGGAGACGACCGGCUCUUCCUGGUGUCACCGCUCAUCAUCUGCCACGAGAUUAAUCAGAACAGCCCCUUCUGGGAGAUCUCGCAGGCCCACCUGGCCAAGGAGGAUCUGGAGAUUGUGGUGAUCCUGGAGGGGAUGGUGGAGGCCACAGGGAUGACGUGCCAGGCGAGGAGUUCGUACGUCAGCAGCGAGAUCAAGUGGGGCUACCGCUUCACGCCGGUCCUGACGCUGGAGGACGGCUUCUACGAGGUGGACUACAACAGCUUCCACGACAUCUACGAGACCAACACCCCGCCCUGCAGCGCCAAAGAGCUCGCUGACAUGUUCAACCGCAGCCGCCUGCCCCUAACCUGGUCGCUGGCCAGCAAGCUGAGCCAGCAGGGACUGCCGGAGUCCGAGCAGGAGGGCCAGGAGACCAAGACCGGCCCGGACGAGCAGGGGAAGCAGCCGGAGAGGAACGGGGACAUUGCCAACGCAGAGAGCGAGUCCAAAGUGUGAGACGUUUGAGGAACCGAAUGAGGACCAAUGAGCACAGUAGACCAAGUAUUCCUGCACCAAGAACCGCUUUUUAUCUCAGUGAUUCUCCCCCGAAAAACAACAACCGUGUCGACAUGUGGCCCGCCGCUGAACUGAAACCCUUCGCGGCCAAAGUGCAUGUUUCAAAUAUAAUGUGAUGUCCUCCUGAUGAGAUUCCUAUUAUUUUUUCUAUUAAGAUAUUCCUAGGGGCAUUUGCAUAAGUAUUUUUGUACAUACUAUAAAACGUUUUGAAUUCUUUGUUUUGUUGCGGUGUGAAUAUUUGAAGAUGUUUGAUACUGAUACCUUCUAUAGGUUAGUUCUGUAUAUAUAUAUAUAUUCCCUGCCUUACUGUAUGUAUAAAGCUUUCAUUAUUUGUUUUUCAGGAACUAUAUUAGCAUGUAUAAACAUUAUCGGCGGUUAAUUUAUCUUGUACUUGUUGUAUAUACUGUAUGAUGAUAAUGUUAUAA